CAAGUAUUUAAUAAUCUAAUGUUUUACUAAAAAAUUAAUAUUAGCGACUACUUUUCUGAAAAAAUUAAUCUGAAAAGAUAACAUGACAUGGUCUACAUAUUUCUGUUUGUCUACUUUUUGACACUUUAACUCUAAUUAAACUACUACUUUUAAAGUUCGGUGUACCCAGAUACACUGAAAAUCUUACAAAGUGUCUAAAUCGUAACAAAAUUAUGAAUUUGAAAAUUGUCGCUGUUACGUUCUUAUUUUUUAAUGUAAUUCAAUCAAAAUUGAUGGAUACUAGUAAAUAUUUGGUUUCUAGACAGAAAAGAGCAUUGAUAUGGAGUGAUGCUGGAACAAAUUGGGUUCAGUUUAUUUUUGGUUUGGGUCUCCCUAUAGACGUGGAAAGACAUGCAAUAACAAUGGGAACUGUAUUUAAAGCUUUUUAUACAUUACCUACAAAUGCCAGCGCUUAUUUAGCACCCAAUAUAGACUAUACCAGAAGAAAACGAUCUACAUCUAGGUGGUUGUUAUACGAAUCACUAGAGAGUUUAAUGGCGAGGUACAAUAAUGGAGAUGGAAAAUCCUGUAUUCUCAGAACUAUCUGUGAAGUGGCCCAUUCUCCCAUCGAACAAAAAGCUGGAUUACUGUCAGAAAUUGUUGCAGCAAUAUUAAAACCGUCAACAACCAAUGAAGAAUUCCAUCAUCCUACUAAUAUGGAUUACCAUUCAGCAGAAAAACUUGGAAAAACUGAAGGAAACUGUGAUUAUUUCUAUCCUGGCUGUAAAUUAAAUAUUCUUGAACAAUAUUCUAGGUUUUUAACAUAAGUGUGA